AUGCCGGAGUUUGAAAAGUACAACGGGACUACUUGCCUAGAGGCCCACAUUACGAUGUUCUAUAAGAGGAUGACCGGAUAUGUGAACAAUGAUCAACUGUUAAUUCAUUGUUUCCAAGAUAGCUUAGUGGAAGUAGCAGCCAGGUGGUAUAAUCAGUUGAGCCGAGCCAGAAUAAAUUCAUGGAGGGAUCUUGCACAAGCCUUCAUGCAACAGUACAGUCAUGUGACUAACAUGACACCGAAUAGGAUCACGCUGCAAAACAUAGAGAAAAAGCCUAAUGAGAAUUUUAGGCAAUAUGCUCAAAUAUGGAGAGAGGUUGUCAUGCAAGUUCAGCUACCAUUGUUGGAGAAGGAGAUCACCAUGUUGUUCAACAACACUCUGAAGGCUCCAUUCAUUACUCACAUGAUUGGAAGCACUACCAAAAGUUUUGCGGACAUAGUCAUGGCGGGAGAGAUGAUUGAGAACGCCAUAAGGGGUGGGAAAAUUGAGGGGGAAGCGGCCAAAAGAUCAAACCUGAGGAGAAAAGACAAUGAGGUGAACAACACAAGUAGCUUCAACUCGAAGGCAGUCACAGUUGGUCAACCCAAAGUAGCUGCGGUUGGGCAACAGGGUUCUCAAAGGCAGGAAUCGGGCACGAGGCACGAGAGGAUGCAAUUCACACCUAUCCUUGUGACGUAUCGUGAGCUUUAUCAAAGUUUAUACGAUGCACAUGCUAUUGCUCCUUUCCACUUGAAACCAUUACAGCCUCCAUAUCCUAAAUGGUAUGAUGCAAACGCCAGAUGCGAGUACCACGCUGGAAUAUUGUGGCACUCAAUUGAAAAUUGUAUCGGAUUCAAGAAGGCCGUGGAGAGGUUGAUCAAGAUGGGGGUUGUGAAAUUUGAUAGUACCCCAAAUACUGAAAACCCUUUGCGAAAUCAUGACAAUCAAGGAGUGAAUGCCAUUGGCGAAGCUAGUGAGAGAAGGAUAAAGGAAAAUGUUGCUGAGGUGAGGAUGCCUAUGAAGGUGAUUUAG